AUGCUUUUCAUUGGUUGGAUCUGGAGACGAGGAAGUAUUCAGAGAAUUCUAGGCGGAUUUAAGGGAUCACGGGUAACGGCGCUGCAGAGGAGAGAGACCAGUGUUCCUGUCCGACUUCCUUUUGAUUUGUGGUUUGGUAUACGUCGUUCGUUCGCUAUCGAUGUUGGGGAUGUUUGGAUGGCCGUGGCUGGACGAGGCUCCAAGGGCCACGUCCCGUCAUGGAUCUCCGUCGACACUACAGAACUUCAAGCAAUCUUCGAGGAAACUGCCCCGAGUGACCCCUGUCGGGCAAACCACAUCAUACACAAGAGCAGUGCCAAGUUUAGAGAGAUCCUCGAGGGCGAUAAGGAGUGCGGAACAGACACGGAGUCAGAGCGGAUCCAAGAAAAGAAGAGCUCCAGUACCUUGAAGGCUGUAACGCAGAAGCUCAAGAAGCACCUCUCGAAGGAGGACGGGGUGUCGAAGCGAAUGUCCAGGCAGAGCAUCGGCACAAGUGAAGAGGAGGUCGAGCGCAGAGCGGAACUCAGAAGGAUCAGAGAGAGGAGGAUUCGAGAAGAGCUGAGCAAUGAGGGUUGUUAUGACGAUGAUGCAAAGUCCUUGCCCUCGAGUCCGGGUACGCCUCUCAGGAACGAUCGUCCAUCGUGGAUUCCUGGCCAGUAUGUGCCACUGCCGACUUUGGAUCUGCCCGCUCUGGAUCCGUUGGCACAUAAACCGCUUCUGGCAACAGAUUCGACGGCAAAAACGCCUGGAUGCCAGUCCGAUCCAGCUUCUCCAAGUACCGCAAUGAUCAAUUCCACCGUCUCAACCUCAGUCUCCCGACGAUGCAGCCUGCCUGCUCUGUCUGACGCGGGCACUGAACUCGACAAACCAAUAGCCUAUCUACCCACUCGGAAGCGUGGUAGUUCAGUUGCUGAAGUGCCAGCAGCACCCAUCAUCGCGGCUCAACGACUUCCAAGUCUCACCGAUCCACUCAUCUCAGCAUGGCGUUUGUCGUUCUCGGCAGAUAAGCGAGGGGAGCAUCUCCGGAAGCUCAGCGGUCAGGCGGUUCCCAUAACUUUGAACCCAGAGCUGCUACGGGAAAAGUCACCCCCUGUAGACCGAUGGCUCCAUAGUCAAGGGCUUAGGUCGCCAUCACGGGCUUUUACGGAAUCGGACGAUGACGGGAUUGCGGGAAAUUCGGAAUCUCAAACAGUUCAAUGCCAUGCCCAUGAUGACUUUGGAGGCGUUGAUGGCGUCAAAGAUAAUUUGACAGCAGUUCAUCUGCAUGAUAUGAAUAUAUCAGAGCGUCUUGCUUCCAAAGGUCUCCAGAGUUCUGCUUCAUCGCCCCAACUGUCAAGCUGGGGCUCACACCAACGUGAUGUUGACAGCAUCAGCAACAUCUCUCAAGCAGCUAUGGCUGAGCGUUCUCGCUUUUUGCGAACUACCUCAGACUCUGCGCAUCUGAGUGACCAGAUUCCCAAUUCUUGGGGGGCCGUUAUCGAGCACCGCUCAUCAUCUAUUUAUCCAUCAGACCCAAUCCUAAGGGACGCGAGAUUCGUUCAUCGAGGGGUACUGUUCACCAUCCUACUACGCGCCCUGGCUAAUAAUGUUUUAGCUGCAGAAUCUCCUCCGCCACUGGCCUGCUUAACAAGAUCAGCAACGGCAAACUGCUCCUCUGCCAGUCUCUCGGUUCCUUUGUCUAGACAAAAUCACCACUCGAAUCAUGAUGACAGUUCCCUUCUGGCCUCAGAAACCGCGUCAUUCCGAGAGCGAGAGUUGGAGCUCAGUCUCAUCGAAACACGGUUUGCCUCUUCUGAAAUCGUCAAGAGUCGCAACUCACCUGUGCCCAGUAGAUUCAAAGAAGAGUUUGACAUGGAAUCGGAAGCACCUCCCGAGCCACAACAUCGGAAGCCUUCCGUCUUCAAUAAAUUAGCCACCAAAUUUGCAGUCAAGACCUACGAUGGCACCUCGAAAAUUGAAGAGCUGUUGGAUGUUCCGAUACCAAAUUUCAAUGCGGAGUCUCUCCGGACCCCUCGAGGCAGUUCCCGGGUUACGACCAGUUCUGGUGUUGAUCGUGCCGGUACCAAUAAUCCCUUGGCGGAAUUCGAAGAUUCUGCACAUAUGUGGACCAAGGCUAUCAAGAAGGAUGACAGGGCCGAGGAUGUCGCCAAAAAUCUGCGUCUGCCCGGAAAACAGGCCAGUGGUGCUAGAAAGAAGAGUGCCAUGGAAGAUGAUAUACCAAAAAGUGCCUUUGACACCAUCUUUGGUGGCCUAGCCAAAAACAAGAAGAAGAAGGUUGAUAUCAGCGACCACAAGAGUGCCGCAGAGGAGUACAAUGCACGCUUUCAGGAGCGUUUGGCUGUCAAAGAGCUUGUGUUGGGUUCUUGGGAAGAUGAGAUGGCAGCCACAGCUGCGAAGGCGAAGACAAAAAGUAAGAACAUUGUCAAGAACUACAAGCUGACGGGACCUGACAAGAGGUAUCCGGCGACUUGGUCACGUUUCGAUUCAGAGAGUCGGGUCGAGCGGUGCAUCAGUGCCGGAGCGAUGGACCGAGUCAACGUCAAAGACUUUGCAGUCCUAGGUCAUCGAGAUGAUGGGGAGAUUAUCUGGUGUCUCGAACAUGAUGAUGACGGUCAUCACGCCGAAAUCGAGAUCGUUCACGAAGGUCUGACAGGCAGGCUGGGUAACAAGAUUAAGCACAAGGCCUACAGGUUCGACACGCAAGAUGAACAGUCCCAGCAGACCAGUGGACGAAGAGGAAGCUUGUCUGUUGCUGGUGAGCUUGAAUAUCCAGAGUUGGAAGUCUUGCCAUUCACUCUAAGAACACAAGAGGAGAUGGUAGCGGAAAUCGAUGCUGAGCAAGAACUUGAGAGAAAAAAGCAAGAGCAGGAGAAAGAGGCGAAGAAGCAGCAUAUUCCAAAGCUGGCUGUCAGGCACAAGGUCAACGUGGAUGGAAGUUUGGAUGUGCAGCUUGACACCGCGACUGACGGGGUCAGCAUUGCUGAUCCGAGAUUCUACGAAGAUUGUGUUGUCCAUCCCGGGCUCGACUCGAAAUCCCCAGGCCCCAAUACGACUGAAGACGGUGGUCUUGGUGUUCUGAAGACGCGUGGUAGAGGUGGCGAGGACGAGGUGGAGGGUAUUGCUGACCCGCGGUUUUACGAGGACUGUGUGAUCAAUCCGGUCCUGGAUGACAACGCGGCGGACGCUUACAAGAGGCUUGGAAUUAGUACUUUCGAGAGUAGCAAGAGAAAGGGUAACUUCAGGACGUGGAGCGCUAAAGACUGGGAAGGGUCUAGUGAGCACAUGCAACGGGCGGGUAGUGCGCAUGUCAGAGGUAGUGCGGGUAUGGGUCCAAGUUUGAUGAAGCGAAGCAGAAAUGCUAGUAUGGGAACGAUGGUGUUGAGGAAGAGUACCGAUGACUAUUUUGAGAGUGUUGAGAGGAUGGAGCGCAGGGAGCGGGAGAGGGUUUUGAGUGUCGCGGAGGUGGCCUGGGGUGAAGGUAAAUAG